AUGGUAACAGAAAAUAUCCACACCAAAAUUAGAAGUCAGGGUUCCGGGCAUAAUGCGUUAUCAAACCUUCACUCACUGAAGACUGAAAGUAGGUCCAGAUGCAUAGAUUUAUUGGAGAAAGCUUACAACAACAACAACAACAUACCAAGUGAAAUCCCACUAAGCGGGGUCGGGUCCACCAUAAGGGGUGCUAAUUAUCCCAUUAGUCCAUUAGGUUGUCAUCUUCAAGAGAAGAAGUUUCAAGAAUCUUGGAUCAAUAAUUCAGGAAUAUGGAAUAUAGAGCUAGUGAAAAUUCUCAAGAAGAGAAAGAUUAAUAUAGCCUGUGUCCAAGAGACUAGAUGGGUAGGCGCCAAGGCUCGGGAGGUUGAUGGGUUUAAGUUGUGGUAUUCAGGAGGGUCUAGGGAUAGAAAUGGAGUGGGUAUUUUAGUAGACGGGGAUUUGAGGGAGCAAGUGGUGGAGGUUAGGAGGAUCAGUGAUAGGCUGAUGACGAUUAAGCUGGUCAUUGGAGGAUGUACUUUGAGUGUUAUUAGUGCUUAUGCUCCCCAAGUGGGCUUGGACGAGGAGGCCAAAAAGCGCUUUUAUGAGGAUUUGGAUGAGGUAGUUAGAGGUAUACCGAAUACCGAGAAGAUUGUCAUUGGUGGAGAUUUUAAUGGCCACAUCGGGGCAACUGCUAGUGGAUUUGAUGAUGUUCAUGGAGGCUUUGGUUUUGGGGAGAGAAAUGGAGGUGGAACUUCGCUUCUAGACUUUGCUAAGGCUUUUGAGUUGGUGAUUGCUAACUCAUGCUUUCCGAAGAAGGAGAACCACUUGGUUACCUUUCGUAGCCCGGUAGCUAAGACCCAGAUAGAUUACUUUCUCCUUAGGAGGGGUGAUAGAGGUCUAUUUAAGGACUGCAAGGUUAUCCCAAGUGAAAACCUCACUACCCAACACAAGCUUUUGGUGUUGGACCUGAAGAUUAAGAGGGAUAGGAGGAAGAAGAUGUUAUCUGACCGACCGAGGAUUAAAUGGGGUGGGUUGACCCCUGCCCUUUCUCGGGAGAUGGGUGAGGAGCUGAUGGGGAUGGGGGCAUGGAGUGGUAGCGGGGAUGCGGACAACAUGUGGAAUAAAGCAGCUAGUUGCAUUAGGGAAGUUGCUUCUAAGAUGCUAGGGGUGUCUAGGGGUAAAUUCGGAGGACAUAAAGGAGAUUGGUGGUGGAAUGGGGAAGUCCAAGGUAAAGUGGAAGCGAAGAAGGCUGCAUACACAAAAUUGGCGGAGUGCGUAGACGAGGAAGAGAAGCGGACGCUUAAGAAAGCCUAUAAGACGACAAAGACAGAAGCUAAGUUAGCUGUUUCGAAGGCGAAGACGGCAGCUUUCGAACGCUUGUAUGUCGAGUUGGGGGACAAAGGUGGGGAUAAGAAGUUGUAUAGGCUCGCAAAAGCAAGAGAGAGGAAGGCGCGCGACUUGGACCAAGUGAAGUGUAUCAAAGAUGAGGAAGGCAAAAUACUGGUGGAAGAGACCUCUAUCAAGCAAAGAUGGCGAAGCUACUUUCACAAACUUUUAAAUGAAAAAGGGGAAGCGGACAUUGUGUUGGGUGAUUUGGCACACUCUGAAAGACUUCGGGAUUUUGGAUACUGUAGGUGCGUUAGGUCCGAGGAGGUUAUACGGGCUAUUAGUAGGAUGAGCAGGGGAAGAGCGACCGGACCCGAUGAGAUUCCGGUAGAAUUUUGGAAGAACAUGGACAAGGCAGGCAUAGAGUGGUUAACUGGGCUGUUUAAUGUUAUUUUUAAGACAGCGAAAAUGCCUGAUGAAUGGAGGUGGAGUACAAUGGUUCCGUUGUAUAAAAACAAGGGUGAUAUCCAAAACUGUAACAAUUACAGGGGUAUCAAAUUGUUGAGCCAUACUAUGAAGAUUUGGGAGAGAGUGGUGGAGAUGAGAGUGAGAAAAGGGGUGUCCAUCUCCGAGAACCAGUUUGGAUUCAUGCCGGGACGUUCGACUACCGAAGCCAUUCAUCUUAUGCGUAGACUGGUAGAAAAGUAUAGAGAAAGGAAGAGAGACCUUCACAUGGUGUUCAUUGACCUUGAAAAGGCCUAUGACAAAGUACCGAGGAAUGUCCUCUGGAGGUGCUUGGAGUCUAAAGGAGUCCCGAUGAUUUAUAUUAGGGCGAUAAAGGACAUGUACGGUGGAGCCAAGACUCGGAUUGACAAUCAUGCUACACAUCGCAUUGGAACUGGGUGGAUGAAGAGGAAGCUCGCAUUAGGUGUCUUGUGUGAGAAUGUGUUGUCAAGACUUAAAGGUAAUGUUUUAUUGAGUGGCGAUUAG